ACACAGAAAUUAUUCAUGCAUUUCGUUACCCUGCCUUGGCAGUUUGCAAGUCAAUCUCAGUCAAUCUGCUCCGAUCUGCAGCGGGCAGCCACGUGCCGCGCGUGCGCGUGUGGAAGCCUCGAGCUUGGCACGACUGACUCUCGCUCUCUUUCAACGUGUGGACGUUCGUCGCUAAGGAUGGCUCCGAGAUACGAGUUGGCCGUCGGCCUCGACAGGGGUCACAAGACGACGAAGAUCCGCGUGGCUAAGAGCAAGUCCGAGAAGGAGAAGACCGUCUGCCUGCGACCGUCCAGGCUGAAGGGGAAGCAAACCAAGCACAGCAAGUUCGUGAGGGACCUGAUCCGGGAAGUCACCGGGCAUGCCCCUUACGAGAAGCGCGCGAUGGAGUUGCUGAAGGUGUCGAAGGACAAGCGCGCCUUGAAAUUCUUGAAGAGAAGGUUGGGUACACACAUCCGUGCCAAGAGGAAGCGAGAGGAGCUUGGAAAUAUCCUGGUACAGAUGAGGAAAGCAGCUGCUCAUCAUUAAUUGUAUCCGCUAAAAUUAUAAACCGUUAUAUAAUACUUGAAUAAAUCAAUAUUUCACAUCGAUAAA